AUGAGUGGUAAGAGAAUCCGAAAUGACGUAUCACGUAAAAAUAAGAAUGGGUCAACACCACAUGAAAUCAUUGUGCAGCGAUUGGUGUCAGAAGCGGAUAACAAACAGACGUAUCGCCCUAUCCAACCGCGGGAGUCUGUCGGCUUCGAGUUCGAAGAUCUCUCCCUGGUCAACAUAAAGAAAGCUUGCGCAGUACAUUUCAAUCUCCCUGCCAGUACUUGUGAUGUCCUAGUGUCAAACAAGGGUCCUUCCUGUACUCACAUUUCGCAAAUUCCCCAUAGGAAAGAUAAGGUAUAUAUUUCGUUAGAAUACUUAUUGAAAGUAGAUUAUUUCCCAAUAGAUAAUUCUUUUUCAUGUAUUUUUCUGUGGGGUCAUUAUGCACCUAUUAAUGUUAAGCCCCAGAGGAGGGGGAGGGGACAGCGAUUUGUGAGGCGUUUGUGAAUUUUUGUGCGAAUUUGCAAUAAAAAAUUACUCUAUUGCACUUACAGACUAUAUAUAGUGGAGCUCCAGAAGGUCAUAAAGACAUCAAACAUGGGUUAUUUAAUAUGACAAAUUAUGACAUCCGCUCAAGUUAGAUGUGGACACAAAAUUGAAAUACAGCACAAUUUAUUCUUACUUGCUAUAAUUCUAGUUUGUAAUCUUUAACACAAACCGUUUUUUGAUAUGACCCUAAUCAGUCAAUUUGGAAAACAACACAUUUGAGAUUUACCUGGGUGAGCAUUGAAUGGCGCCCAAUUUUUGUUAACCAAUGCAGACAAUUAAAAUAAUGUGAAAAACAAUUUUUUCACAAUAAAAUAACCCUUUACAAAGCAAAUCUACCAUUAUUGUGCUUAUCCACCUGCACAUAAGUGAUGGAUAUUUCCAUGCAUAUAUUUGAUUGUGAGAGUACUUAUGGCUCCUGUCAUGCAUGUACAGAAAAUGCAUAACUUUAUAUAUACCUGUACCAUAUACAGUAUUACAAGUAUUCAUUUUAUAUCAUAUAAUAUAUACUACAAAGCAGGACUUUUUGAAUUUUUAUUUUAAAAGGCCUAUUUGAAAUGUUUUGUGGUCAGCUUUGAAAGUAAAUGUCAGUGGUUUGCAUUAAUUUUAUAUGUUUCUUAUUUACAGGUAUAUCUUGUGAGAUUUGUUGUUCUUCAGGAAGAUCAAGUUGAAGAAGAAUAUGAAAUAAACACCAGUAAAGUUAACAACUUAUCAACUUCCACACCAGGAAGUUUGUGCCAGAAGAAGCCUGAAGGAACAAAGAUAUGUCCAUCAUCAAUUUCAAUUGCCUCAUUGCUAAAAGCAGGUAAAUUGGUAAAACCCCGAGAGAAAAACAAGGUAACUCUUGCUCUGGAAAAUUUUGAUCAGGCGCGUAGCCAAGGGGGAGAGCCAUGGGGGGUCCGGACCCCCCCCCCCACUUUUUGUAAAGAUCAAUAUUGUAAUUCUUCCAAAUAUGAGAAGAAACUGGGGGGAGGGGGUUGCAAGUGCAAAUAUUUUUAAAGAAAUCAAUUGUCGUCAUUAAAUUGAAAUAAUUCCGUAUUUGCGUUCGCAGGCUAUCCAGUAUGUUAUGUAUAGCUUAGUUUGAUGCAACGCUUCAGAACAUCUUCAAAGAGAAGAAAUAUAUUUAGUGACUGCUGCAGAUGCGGUAACGUCGCUAAUCGCUAGAUUUUCUUCUUCCGGAAUGAGGAAUAAUUUGCCGAGUUUUGCGUACUGCUGAAUCGAAAGCAGUCGAAUUUCACGUUGAAGAUUAGAGAUCCCAGUAACAAACGCCGCAGAACGCUUCCAAAUCGUCUAGCUGAUGGACCGUUGAUGAAACAUUGCUUGAUGUAUCAUUCAGUCACCACGUUGCCUCCUCAACUCAAAACAGCACAACAGUGUCAGCAGAAAGUAAAUUUCGUACUGAUUUUAACUAUUGUCUGCUUGAUCUGCUGCUGAGGGAGCUGUAAAGAUUUUCAGUAUUGGUAGAAUUAUCUGCAUUCAAUCCAGCGCGUUGGAGUGAUAAUAAUAUAGACUUUACUAUUUAGGACGGCAACGCGACGGCAACGGCUACCAAUACAAUAAAUUAUUGAAAAGAAUUGAGUAAUUACAAUAUAUGAAUAAUUUAGUCAUCGCUCUGUUUACAACGCGAAAUCACAGAUUUUCACGUCUUGAUACAACGGCUGCAUUUCAAGCCGCAACAAGUGCAACUUCAAACUGGGGUGAAAGAACCUAAUCGUUCUAAGAACCCAAAGAGGGGUGAAAGAACCAUUACCUUCAAUUAAUAUUAAAGAAGUUUGGUGAAAGUGAUUACGCUGGCCUUUACCUAAACCUUCACAGAAUCAUUUGUACAUUGCAGCCAUAAUUCCGAUUGCAACAGCUUCGUGCGAAAGAUGCCUCAGCAAAGUUAAAAUUAUCAACAAUUAAUUACACGAGGGCAACCAUGUUUGUAGCGAAAGAGAUGUAGCCGUCUACUAGCCGAAGAUAUUAAGUUGCAUUCUCUUGUGGAUAGAUUUGCUUUGAAACCUAGGAAACUUCCACUAUCAUAUCUAAAAGUUAGAUGAAAGCGGUUAUAUUUCUGAAAACGGAACACAAAUUAGGUUCCCGUUCGUGUAAAUGUUGUAUAAUAUGUGCAUGUAUCAUUUCAAAAAGAAAGUGAUUUUAAAAUGCAUUAAAGCAUUUCUCAACUUAGUAACAAGUUCUUAAAACUUUCUUUAUCUACUAAUUUGACGUGUCAUAUUAUUACUAUUAGUUUAUUACACACAUGCUUUGUUAAUGUAUCUUGUAAAUAUUUCAUCUAUGGCAUAAAAUAUACCAAAUCUGUGGCAUAUAGAUCACCAAAAAGCCACGCCAAAUAUGCACGUGGGAGCGUUUCGCUAACAUUAAAAUUGAAAAAUUUUCCGGGGAUUACGUCCCCGGCUGGUGACUACGUCCCCGGCUUUCAGAACAGUACUUUUAUGUACUUGGCACUUUAGACCCCCCCCCCCAUUCGUAUGGGGCUGGCUACGCGCCUGAUUUUGAUGUGUCAACUCAGCAAUGGGUAGAGGUAGCUGCUGAAGAAUUUGCUAUUGACACCCAGAAAUUUUCUAGUGGUGCCUUUCGUGAUGCAUUUCGUGCCUCAACUAUCAAGCCAACAAAAUGUGAAGAUUGCGUGGUGAAAACCUAUAAUGAUGAUGCAGUAAAAACCAUACAAGAGACGGCCAAUAGUUCUAUAGAGGAUCAUUGCCGUAAACAGGUUCAAAUGCACAGUGUGGCGAGGCACAUUACACAAAGGUUCAAGGCUAAAACUCCACCGGGUUUUGGAGAGUGUUUUGAUUACAACCGCUGCUAUUAUACAAUGUACAAUGGCAAGCCAGUUACUGUUGAAGAGUAUGCCCCUGGUUCAUUUUAUAAACUCAUUAAUAAUGAUGGAGAGUAUGUUUGUGAUGUUACUCUGAGUGCAUAUCCACACCGGGCGAGCUUGAAAAAUAUGCCCGGCCACGGUGGGAUUCGAACCUACGACCUUUGGAAUACCAGCCCAAUGCUCUUCCAACUGAGCUACGCGGUCAGGACGGUUCGAGUAAGUGAUAUUUCGGAAUAGUAUCUAGUUCCUUCAAUACCAAUGUGUUCUUGUAAUAUGAAUUUUUUUCUGUGUUGGUGUUGUGUACUCAGGUGAAUAAUAUGUGAUACUCAGGUGAAUAAUAUGAAAAACAUAUUAUUCACCUGAAUACACAACACCAACACAGAAAAAAAAUCAUAUUACAAGAACACAUUGGUAUUGAAGGAACUAGAUACUGUUCCGAAAUAUCACUUACUCGAACCGUCCUGACCGCGUAGCUCAGUUGGAAGAGCAUUGGGCUGGUAUUCCAAAGGUCGUAGGUUCGAAUCCCACCGUGGCUGGGCAUAUUUUUCAUGCUCGCCCGGUGUGUAUAUGCACUCAGACCAACACAGAAAAAAAAUUAAUGAUGGAGAGUGUUUAACACCAACCGAUGAUUCAAGUCCCCACCUAAAAGAGCUAUUUUCUAAAACUGAAUGUUUGGUUUACUACAGUUGUGUAUCCACAAAAGAAAAAUUGAUGAUUUUAGAUAUACAGGGUUCAGAUUACGCCCUGUAUGAUCCGGAAAUUUCAACCGCUGAACUUUUUGAUGGAGACACAGCAGAACUGUACUUUUGUUGUGGAAACUAUUCAUCGAUUGGAAUACAAGCCUUCCUCAAAUCACAUAAGUGCAAUAAAUAUUGUAAACUUAUUGGUGUAUGUGAUAAAUGA